AGGGUACGGCGGUUGAUGCCAUUAUUGAAUUAGUUAAAGAAGAUUAUAUUAUUGUUUCUCUUCCAGAACAAUGGAAUGCUAUUGCAUUUGCUGCAGCAAAAAGUUAUAAUAAUCGAACACAACCUUUUAUGCGAUACUCAUUUGGACAAAAAGUGAAAGUACAAAUAGUUCACGUUCCACAACUCAAUAAAA